AAAGUUACAUAAUAAACAACGACUACGCAGUAGUGGCUUUCUCCACUUUCUCCACCACCUCCGUGACGACACCCCUCUCCGUCCCUGGGCCGUUUCGUCUCAUUCAUUCGCACUUUCCCUUCCCGAGAGGAUUAUCAGAUUUGCGGAGUCCAAGAAGACAAACAAAUUUUUGGAAAUCUUUGGAGUGAAUCAAACAAAAUGGCCCAAAUUGGAGCUUUCGUGACCAUGGUGGUCCUCCUAGUGGGGCUGGUUUCGUUGGGAAUAGCCCAGGACGAGGCAGGUUCCGUGGGGGUGGGCGGUGGCACUUGGGUGGACGGGCCUACCUCCGAGGAUGAAUACGUUGACGAACUUCUGGCUGCCCAGGCCGCCCUCGAGUACGGAAAACGGGGCGAUUUCCCGCUCUACUACCGUGGUGGGAGGGGAAACGUUUUUCCUCCCAGAAUUUCCCGCGGGAAUAUCUACCCGGCCCGUGUCGGACGUGCGAGAGGUGGUUCAACUUCCCGCCAGAACGUAAUUAUGUCAAGCUUAUUAAAGUCGCGAGGAAAAUCCGUUCUCCGCGUGCUCGGGAAGAAAUGAAGAGGCAAUCAAUUUCAGUUUCGUGAUCUUCCAAAAUGAUAAUAAACAAAGUUUCAAAAUUUUGACAAUAUUAGAAUAGUUAUAAAAAUAUUUAUGGCUUAUUAGUAGGUAAAGGAUGGGAGAAAGUGGAUGUGGAUUUGACCAGGGUGCUUGAUGUUUUGUUUUUUUAUGAAAAGUUUCUCUGGUUUUUUAAUGCACUCUUAAAAAUGAUGGUACUAUUUUGAAAAGUAAGGAUUAAUAGUCUAAUUUCUUUUCAAAAGGGCAACAUUAAUUUUAAGUGUGCUUUUGAGUUUGUCUUACAAUGUGUCAUGUAUUUAAUUGGUAUUUUUGAAAGUUUUUGUCAAAUUUCAUCCCCAAAUGUGAUCCAAAAAUGUAUCAAAUUAUUAUUUUAUUCGUAGGAUACUUUUCGUUUACACAUAUUGUGAGCGUGAUUUAAUAAUUUCUCUUUGUACAAAAGUUCACUGUAAAAUUUAGCAAUUUAACAAAAAUGAUUUUUUUUGGAACCCUGACGAUUGAUGAAUUUUUGCCAGCGUGGAAAUAUCUAAUUGUGUAGUUUAGCAGUUUUGAGAUUUUUCAAAAUACAUACAUUUGUUCCAAAUUUGAGCUUGUAGAGGAAAAGGAGGUAGCCGUAUUUCUCAAUGAUGUGAGGUUAAUAUGCAAUCAAAUCUUUCAAAUAAAUUGUGCAAUUAUAACGAAUAUGUGAUUCAAGACAAUAAAGAUUAAGAUAAAUGUUGACCAUAAAUA